CUGAUAGUGUCGUCGACCAAAAUGAAGCCAUUAUAUUUUAUAUUUGGUUUUUUGGCUCUUGCCGCCAUGGCGUCAGGCGAUGAAAAUCAGCUCGAAAACUUGUUUUAUGAAGGAAACAACAAAUUAACAGCAAGAAUGUUUUCUGAAGUAGCAAAUACUAACCCAGAGAAAAGUUUUGUCUUAUCUGCAUACUCAGUGUUGACACCACUCGCUCAGCUGAGCUUGGCCUCGGUGGACGAGGCACACGAUGAACUGCUGGACACCAUAGGGAUGCCUGAUGACAACACUACAAAGGAAGUAUUUUCCCGGAUCAACACUAAAGUGCGAGCUAUACACGGAGUAACAUUAAAGACUGCAAGUAAAAUAUACGUUGCUGAAAACUAUGAGCUGAACAGUCAAUUUGCUGCCGAAACACGAGACACCUUUGGAUCCGAAGUUCAAAGCUUGAAUUUCGGAGAUAGUCAAAAUGCUGCUAACAAAGUGAACACCUGGGUGGAAGAGCAAACCAACAAUCGAAUUAAGGAUUUAGUUGAUCCUGCCUCCCUUACUGCAGAUAUCAGAGCACUAUUAGUAAACGCCAUUUACUUCAAGGGGACUUGGAAAAAUAAAUUUGAUGAAGAUAAAACUAUUGAAAGAGUGUUCUACAAAAGUAUGAACAUAACAACCAAUGUUCAAAUGAUGCACAGAAAUGGAGACUACAUGUACGGGGAAAGCGAAGAAUUGAAAUCUAAAAUUAUCGAAAUACCUUACCAAGGCGAUGAAUCAUCUCUUAUAGUUGUUCUUCCAUUGGACAUUGAAGGCAUUAAUGAAGUCAAGCAAAUACUUAAAGACCCAGACGUUUUAGAAAAUGCUCUUAAAAACAUGACCGAACACGAAGUUGAGCUGUCUCUACCAAAAUUCAAAAUUGAAACGACCACCGAUCUUAAAGAUGUUUUAAUUAAAAUGAAUGUUACGAAGAUAUUUAAUCCACUCUCAGCUAAGUUGAAGAAACUCAUACAAAACGCUGGUGAUUUAUAUAUAGACUCCGCUAAACAGAAAGCUUUUAUUGAAGUUAACGAAGAAGGCGCUGAGGCUGGUGCUGCAAACGAAUUCGGCGUGUUUUACGUUUCAUUAAUGAAUGCACCUCGUAGAUACAUUUUUUUCGCUGAUCACCCUUUUAUAUUUUGCCUACGCGAAGGAAAGAAUACUUUAUUCAGUGGAGUUUACACUGUAGUUGAGACGCGACAUUCAGUCGCAUCAUCCGCCAUCAUGAAGCCAAUAUUUAUUAUAUGCUUUUUCUCUCUCGCUUUCGUGGCUACAGAAGACCAAAAAGAUGUUGAAUUGUUAUUCCACCUCGGAAACAGCAAAUUCACAGCAAAAUUCUUUGCCGAAGUGGCGAAAAUAAACCCUGAUAGAAGUUUUGUAAUAUCACCAUACUCGGUUAUGACACCUCUUGCGCAACUUAGCAUGGCUGCAAGAGAAAAUACCCGAGAUCAACUAUGGAAUGCCAUUGGAAUACGUACUGAUGAAGCUGUGAAGCUAGCAUUUUCCCACGCAAAUACAAAAGUGAAUUCCAUAAAAGGCGUGACACUAAAAACAGCCAGUAAAAUUUACCUGGCUUUGAAUUAUGACGUUUACAAAGAUUUUGGCGCUUCUACAUGGGAAACUUUUGGUAGUGCAGCUCAAAAUAUUGACUUCGAAAAGAAAGAGCAAGCUGCGAACGAGAUCAAUACUUGGGUGGAACAAAACACCAACAACCGUAUCAAGAAUGUCGUUAGUCCUGACAGCUUAGGUCAAGAUACAAGAGCGCUCUUGGUCAACGCCAUUUACUUUAAGGGAUCAUGGGAGACUCAAUUUAACAAAGCGCUUACCAGUGAGAGGGAUUUCCUUAUCAAUAAAGAAGAAACAAAAAAAGUUGAUAUGAUGUACAGAAGAGGGAAUUACAAGUAUACAGAGAGCGCUGUUCUGAAAUCACAGAUCAUAGAAAUCCCCUACAAAGGUGGCGAAACUUCGCUAGUUGUGGUGUUGCCUCGUGACAUUGAAGGUAUUAAAGAGGUAAUAGAAGUACUCAAGGACUCAACAGUUUUAGAUAAUGCUAUCAACGAUAUGCGCAAACAAGAAGUUGACCUGUAUCUUCCUACAUUUAAAAUUGAGACUACGACUAAUCUGAAAGACAUUCUUCAAAAGAUGAAUGUAACUGAGAUAUUUGAUCCUCAAUUAGCAAGAUUAGAUUACCUCAUUCGUGUCAAAGGUAAUAUGUACAUAAGCUCAGCAGUACAAAAAGCUUUUAUUGAAGUCAAUGAAGAAGGUGCCGAAGCCACUGCCUCGAAUGUAUUUUCGGCAGUCAGAAAAAGUAUGUCUCCCCGUUUUCAACGCAUCAGUUUUACAGCGGACCAUCCAUUCAUAUUCUAUUUAUGCGAAGGAAACAAUAUUCUAUUUAAUGGAGUCUUCAAUAAUUCUAAAGAUACGCCUUACUGCAUACCGGUUAGUUUAGUUGUGAAUCGACCCGCGCUCGCAUCGUCCGACAUAAUGAAGCCAUUAUUUCUUAUAUGCUUUUUGUCUCUCGCUAUCAUGGCGACCGCAAACCAGCAAAGAACUGAAAAUUUACUCCACGAUGGGAACAACAAAUUUACAGCAAACAUGUUUUCCGAAGUGGCAAAAACAAACCUUGUGAAAAGUUUUGUUAUAUCAGGAUUCUCUGUAUUGACGCCUCUCGCGCAACUUGGCCUGGCGUCCGUCGGUGAACCCCACGAUGAACUAUUAAAUGCCAUUGGAAUGCCCGAUGAUAAGUCUACGAAAGAAGUUUUUUCCUUGGCCAAUACAAGAGUCCGAGCCGUAAAAGGUGUAACACUAAAGACAGCUAGUAAAAUUUACGUGGCGAAGAAUUAUGAAUUAAACCAAGAGUUUGCCGCUGUUACAAAGGAUACCUUUGGUUCUGAAGUUCAAAAUAUUGACUUCGUGCAGAGACAGAGUGCUGCGAAUGAAAUGAAUGCUUGGGUGGAAGAGCAAACCAAUAACCGCAUUAAAGAUUUAGUUGAUCCCAAUAACUUAGAUGAUGAUACCAGAGCGCUCUUAGUCAACGCAAUUUACUUCAAGGGAUCGUGGGCGACCCAAUUCAACAAAAAUCUCACCCGUGAGAAGGAUUUCUUCGUCACCCUAAAACAAACGACAAAAGUUGAUAUGAUGUACAGAAAAGGGGACUAUAAAUAUAUAGACAGCUCGGUCUUAAAAUCUCAGGUUAUAGAAAUCCCCUACCAAGGUGGUGAAACUUCAUUAGUUGUAGUGCUACCUCAUGAAAUUGAGGGCAUUACAGAAGUAGAAGAAAUACUUAAGGACCCAACAGUUUUAGAUAAAACUCUCAGCGAAAUGUAUGAGACCGAAGUUGACCUUUACCUUCCUAAGUUUAAGAUUGAGACAACAACUGAUCUAAAAGACAUUCUCGAAAAGAUGAAUGUCAAGAAAGUAUUCAACGCGAUUGAAUCUAGAUUGGACAAUCUUUUAACUGUUAAACAAAAUUUAUAUGUAAGCUCAGCUACACAAAAAGCUUUCAUUGAAGUUAAUGAAGAAGGUGCUGAAGCCGCUGCUGCAAACGUUUUCAUAACAAGCACCAGAAGCAUUUCAAGCCGCUCCCAACGCAUCAUAUUUAGAGCAGACCAUCCAUUUAUAUUCUAUUUAUACGAAGGAGAGAAUAUUUUGUUUAGUGGAGUCUUCAAUUCUUAGAGUUCGGUAUCGUCCUUCAAAGCCUCCGCAUUGUACCAUCAUUCUAUGCCAGUAGACCAUUUUACUUUGUUCUGAAAUGUAACUCUCUGAUUUUAUUUAAUGGUAUCAUGUACGGCCAGUAACUGUGACUACC